UCCUGGGAACGUCGGCAGGGAGACAGCACCUUGCUCUCGCUAUGUAUCCUGUUCUUCUGGCUGUCCAGCUGCGUAGCGCGGGAUGCAGCUAGACCUGGCAGGGCUGCGACACUGAGGAAGACUCCAGAGGAGAAUUGAAGUCAGGCCAGGAAGCUGGAGCUCCACUCCGGAGCCUGUACAUUGAAGGGAGCAGGUGGAAAGCUCUGUGAAGUGGGUAAAGUCCUCUCCAAGCAGCAGAUAUCUCUGGACACAGAGCCACCUGGGCAGAAGACAUUGUUGGUCUUAUUCUUGUCAUUUUUAUUUUUUGUCCAUCAGCAGACCUGGGAGAAGGGUACUAGCAUAGCAGGACAUUGAGGUGCUUCUAGAUUGCUUCUGGAUCUCUAAGUCCCCCCAGUUCUCUGUCAGUACCCACACAGGUUCUAGAGAUGUGGGUCUUGGAGCUUUUGAUGGGGGUGUCAUGGCUGGCAGGGCUGGCCAGUGGUCAGAACGAGACCGAGCCCAUCCUGCUGGAGGGCAAGUGCCUGGUGGUUUGUGACUCCAACCCUACGUCUGACCCCACGGGUACCGCACUGGGCAUCUCCGUGCGCUCCGGCAGUGCCAAGGCGGCUUUCUCAGCCAUCAGGAACACCAACCACGAACCUUCUGAGAUGAGCAAUAGAACUAUGAUCAUCUACUUUGAUCAUAUCUUGGUGAAUGUUGGAGGCAAUUUCGACUUAGAACGGAGCACAUUUAUUGCACCAAGAAAAGGGAUUUACAGUUUUAAUUUCCACGUGGUGAAAGUGUAUAACCGGCAAACCAUUCAGGUGAGCUUGAUGUUGAAUGGAUGGCCAGUUAUUUCAGCGUUUGCUGGUGACCAAGAUGUCACAAGAGAAGCCGCAAGCAACGGAGUUCUUAUUCAGAUGGAGAAAGGGGACAGAGCCUACCUUAAACUGGAGAAGGGGAACCUGAUGGGGGGAUGGAAGUUUUCAACGUUUUCUGGAUUUCUGGUGUUUCCUCUAUAAAAUAACUUUGUCCUUCGACAGCGAGUGACAUGGAAUGGAAAUGAAUUGCUAUUAACCCCAAAUAGCUGCACUUAGAGACCUCAACAGGACACGUUGUAUUUUGAGAUAUACGAGACCCUGCAUAUCUAAUUGUGUGUGCACCUGCUUUGGAAACUAUUUGUAAAGGAAAAGGAACUGGUGAGAUCCGUUCUCAUUUCAUUAGAAACAGCCAUGUUUUGUCUAUAUAUCACGUCAGAUUUAUUUAUUUAUUUUUUUCAUUGUAAUGAACAUGUCCAUUUUCUUUAAAAAAAAAAAAAUUCAAAAUUUCAAAAUUUCAAAAAAUAAAACAUUUCCUUCACUUGGAAAACCAAUAGAAGAUGCCAUACAACUAUCACGUAUAUUGGCUGCUUAAUUUCCAGUUAACACCAGGACUAUCUAAAGGCACAGUGAUGGAAUGGUGUAUAUCAAUAUUUCUCUGUAAUUCUGAGUGGUUGUGGAAAUAAAGGCUGCUAAUUGUCUGAUGCUUGUUUUGCUCUUGUUAAAUGUGGCCCAAUUCCAUGCGAUCAAGUAUAGCAAACCUUAAAUAUUAUACUCUGUACUAUAGGUGUGAAUGCUGGAAUGUCAUUUUGCUUCAAGCCAAUAAUCUCCAAGGCUUAUAUUUUUGUUAAAUAGAACAAGAAUUUGUAAUUAAAAUUAUCCUGUUUUUCCUAGUCAUAUGCCAAAUGAACAAUCCUGUGAAUAUUUUAAAGAUGAUUAUGUAAAAUAUAAUUUUUUUUUGUUUUCGAAAUAGAUUAUUUUGGAUUUUUUCGUAAUAAUUUUGUAUUUUUGUUAAUGUUAGAAUUUAAGUCCAAGUCUUUCUCACCACAAAUGCACAAUUUACAUUUUAUGGAAAUGUAUCUGUGAGUUGGAAUAAACAUAUAGUAUACACACGUGUUUUAUGCAUAAAACAAGAGAUCUCAGUUGUUUGAAGGACCAGGAGUAAAAUCUGUUCAAACUUCGGUAUUGCAGGUUUACUCCCCGGCAGACUGAACUCCACUGUCCUUCCUUUUGAGGCCCAUAGAAUGGAUAGCACACAUCUAUGAAUCAACUGACAAUUCGGUUGAAAUCGGGGAACAUAUGCUAAAGAGCUCUGAGUGUCAUUUAUAAA